CGGGGGGUGAGGACCAUGUAUAGACGCCGCUCACAGUGUUGCCCUGGUUACUUUGAGAGCGGAGACUUGUGUGUUCCACUGUGCACAGAGGAGUGUGUCCACGGGCGCUGCGUGUCUCCGGAUACAUGCCAGUGUGAGCCCGGAUGGGGCGGGCUGGACUGCUCCAGUGGUUGUGAGAACGACUACUGGGGACCUCAUUGCAGUAAUCGCUGCCAGUGCCAAAAUGGGGCUAAGUGUAACCCCAUCACAGGCGCCUGUGUCUGCACUGAUGGGUACCAGGGAUGGCGUUGUGAGGAGCCCUGUGAGCACGGAUACUAUGGCAAGUUGUGCCAACUUCCCUGCCAGUGUCUCAACGGUGCCACCUGCAACCAUGAGACAGGAGAGUGCAUCUGUGCACCGGGGUACUCGGGGGCUUUCUGUGGAGAGCGCUGCCCCUCCGGGAGUCACGGGCCUCAGUGUGAGCAGCGCUGCCCCUGUCAGAAUGGAGGAACCUGCCACCACAUCACCGGAGACUGCUCCUGCCGGACCGGGUGGACGGGUUCAGUUUGUGCCCAGCCGUGCCCUCUUGGCAAGUACGGCAGCAACUGCAGCAAAGACUGCUCGUGCCGGAACGGUGGAGUAUGCGACCACAUCACGGGGCAGUGCCAGUGUGCAGCGGGCUUCAGUGGGCGCAGGUGUCAGGAUGAUUGUCCUGUGGGCACCUUCGGGCCUCAGUGUAACCAGAGGUGUGAGUGUCAGAACGGAGCCAAGUGUCACCAUAUCAACGGAGCCUGUCUAUGUGAAACUGGAUUCAAAGGGCCUAAUUGCCAGGAGAGAUUCUGUCCCCCGGGCCUCUACGGCCUCAUCUGUGACAAGUACUGCCCCUGCAAUUCCACCAACACUGUGAGCUGCCACCCACUUUCUGGUGAAUGCAGCUGCUCAGCAGGAUGGACCGGGCUUUACUGUAAUGAGACCUGCCCGCCUGGAUACUUCGGCGAGGGAUGCAUGCUGCCAUGCAGCUGCACCAACGGAGCCGACUGCCACACGGUCACAGGUGCCUGUAUAUGUGCCCCUGGCUUCAUGGGUGAGGACUGUGCCACAGUGUGUCCCCCUGGUCUUUAUGGGCCGAGCUGCAUGUCCACCUGCUCCUGCCAUAAUCAUGCAUCCUGCUCUCCUGUCGAUGGCUCCUGUGUCUGCAGAGAAGGAUGGCAGGGAGUGGACUGCUCCAUCCUCUGUUCCAGCGGCACUUGGGGUCUGGGCUGUAACCAAACAUGCUUGUGUGGCAACGGGGCAGCAUGUGACCCUAUGGAUGGCAUCUGCACAUGUUCUCCAGGGUGGAGAGGAGAGCACUGCCACGAGUCCUGUCCUGAUGGCACCUAUGGCCUGGAGUGUCGUGAGCGCUGUGACUGUACCCACGCUGACGGCUGUGACCCAGUGAGUGGCUACUGCCGCUGCUACCCCGGCUGGACAGGAAUCCACUGUGAUAAUGUGUGCCCACAAGGCUUCUGGGGACCCAACUGUUCAGUCACCUGCUCCUGUCAGAACGGAGGCUCCUGCUCUCCAGAGGACGGCGCAUGUGUGUGUGCACCUGGAUACAGAGGGACCUCCUGCAAACGAAUCUGCUCUCCGGGCUUCUACGGGCACCGCUGCAGCCAGUCGUGUCCUCAGUGUGUCCACAGCACCGGGCCCUGCCAUCACAUCACGGGCCACUGUGAGUGCCUGUCCGGCUUCUCCGGCUCUCUGUGCAACCAAGUGUGUGCGAGCGGCAGGUAUGGGAGGGCCUGCGCCGAGAUCUGCCUCUGCACCAACAACGGCACCUGCAACCCCAUCGAUGGCUCCUGUCAAUGCUUCCCCGGCUGGAUAGGAGAGGAUUGUUCUCAGGCCUGUCCCUCUGGGCACUGGGGCCCUGAUUGUCUCAACUCGUGUAAUUGCCACAACAGCGCCCAGUGCAGUGCCUACGACGGGGAGUGCAGGUGCAGCCCCGGCUGGACCGGACUCUACUGUACCCAGCGCUGUCCUUCAGGAUUCUACGGCAGAGACUGCUCUGAGGUCUGCCGCUGCCAGAAUGGCGCGGACUGUGACCACAUCACUGGCCAGUGCGCUUGCCGAACAGGUUUCAUCGGGACGAGCUGUGAGCAGAAGUGUCCUGCUGGCACAUUUGGAUAUGGUUGCCAGCAGCUGUGUGAGUGCCUGAACAAUGCUACCUGUGACUAUGUGACUGGAACGUGCUACUGCAGCGCCGGAUAUAAAGGCAUCCGUUGUGAUCAAGCAGCUCUGAUGAUGGAGGAGCUGAACCCCUAUACCAAAAUUAGCCCCGCGCGAGGCUCGGAGCGCCAUUCGGCGGGGGCCGUCAUGGGCAUCAUCUUCCUCCUCCUCAUCAUCAUGGCCAUGCUCAGUCUGUUUGUAUGGUACAGACAGAGGCAGAGGGACAAAGGUCAUGAGAUCCAGCCCAGCGUGUCGUACACACAGGCUAUGCACAUCACCAGCACUGACUAUUCCCUGUCCGAGUGUGGCAGCACUGUAGCAAUGAGGACCAGUGCUGCAGAAGUCAAUCCGAGCCAGAGCAGCGGCAGCGGCAGCGGCAGCGGCCAGUGCUUCGCCAACCCCAGCUAUCACACUGUGGCCCAGUGUAACGUUGUGUCAACCAUUUCCAACAACCUGGAUGGUACCCUGAUCCUCAAAUCAAGCACCCUGAAAAGCAGAAACGGCUCCGAGUGGAGAGCCUACUGCAACCUGAACGACCUAGAUGUUCAACAGGGGGAGACACAGACGCAGACACAGAGAGGGUCGAGAAAAGAUUACAUCAAGGGCUCCAUGUGCAGCAACAGCUCCUGCUCCCUGAACAGUGAGAAUCCAUACGCCACCAUUAGAGACCCACCAGGGCUCGCUUGCAAGCAUACAGAGAGCAGCUAUGUGGAGAUGAAGUCCCCCUCCCACCGAGAAGUGCCCUUUGGAGGCACUGCCACCCUCCUGGGCAGUGCGAGCAGGAAUGUCUAUGAUGUUGAGCCGACCGUGAGCGUCCUGCAGGGACCCAAUGGAAUGGCGACCGGCUUCUCCCAGAGCCCCUACGACCUUCCUCGCGGCAGCCACAUCCCAAGCCACUACGACAUCCUGCCCAUGCGUCACAGCCCGACACACACACCUCCUCCAGCCCCAGAGAGCCCCAGCUCCCUGCUGUAGAGGGCUCACCGUGCACCGGGCCCUGACAGCGUACCGGCAUCCAGGCAGCAUUCAGCCAACUUUCAACCAACGGCCCUCCCUCUGUCUCCGUGCGUUUGAUUUUAGAUACUGAGAUGUUGAGAUGAAGGGACAGCCACUGCUCCUCUUGGACCCUGCUCUCUUUGGCUCCCUCACUCACUGUCUCUCUGCCCUGAAGGAGGGAGGGGGAGGAAAGAGUGUCCCACACACCAGCGAACCAUCCGUCCGUUUUAUUUUCUUAUAGAAACUGAUUGCUCAAACUGCUGCCCGGCCUCUUUAUGGACCUCCUGAAGCGGAACAUAAUGGUUCCAAACAGCAUCAAGGGCGGCAUAUAUGGAUUGUUUGGAGAGAUUAUUUACAGUGAGAGAGCUAUACUCCGACUCAUUUUGGCCCAAUGCUCUAGGUUUACUAUUCAAGGGCAGCCAAGUGUUCAUAAUAUCCCAUAAAGUGAUUUCCUCCACUGGAAGGAAGGUACAGAAACCUUGACCGUAUCAAAGCAGGCAGGGAUUUAUCACAUAGAGACAACAGAGUUAAUGGUUCUUCACUGCGUGCUACUCUGAGGUAAAGAAACAUUCAGUCAUAUAGUAGAGGACGCUGUUCUUAAUGUUAAACAUGGAAACCUAGGUGAGAGUGAACCGAGUGUGAUGAAGCAUGGAUAAAUAAUGAAAUAUUGUAAUGGUCCUUUAUUCAUUUUCAUUCUGUUAUGGCCACACUGAUGAUUCCAAUGUGAUCUGUGUCACGCCAGAGAUUCUUUUUAAGUUGCAGUGGGAACUAGAAUAUCCCUCGGUAGAGCUCAUAUCUCCGCCAAGGGGCCAACAGUCCCCUUAAGAUCAAUCAAGCUGCACCAAACUCCACAGUCAUAGAGAUCGUUUCCCUAAAUGUUCCUGAUUUUUAUCAUCAAGAUCCAUUAUUUAUUCCUUUGGUAAAAAGGUGAAAAUGUUGAGGAAUAUCUUGCAGUGUUAAAGAAAGCAGAAAAAAGGUGAAAACAAUCCUGGAUCCCCCUCUUUAUCUGGAUCCACACCAAGGUUUGAUGAGCUCCUCCCACACCACAUCCCUCCACCAAGUUUUGUGUCAAUCCGUUCAUUACUUUUCAUUUAAUCUUGCUCAUAAACAGACAUAGAAACAAAGGGACAGGGGUGAAAACGUAGACGCCAUGGCAUAGGUAACAAAAUGUCAAAAAGACACAAAAUUAAAAGCUGUUAUCGCAGAGAUUGGGAUUUAAAAGUCAUUCCAUUUGUAGAAUAUUUUCAGAAUCAGGUAAAUGAUGGAAAUCAGGAUAUUUAAUUUAUACUUACUGGCCAGUAGUUUUUUUAUCUCACUUACACACAAACAAACAAAUGGGUGAAAAGAUAACAUACUUGGCGGAGGUACUGACGCCCAGUGUAUCCAGAGAUUUUUUCAGGUCGCCAGUGUUCUUCAGUUACACACACACACACACACAAACACACAUAUUACACACACACUAGGUCUAAAGUUUGGAUUUUGCCCCACACUGAUGAAGUUAUCAGAUCUUGUGUUGAUUUCUAUGUGAAAGUAUUUUCUUGCAAAUGUCUUUAAGUUUUUUGAAAUAUUGGGUGUUGAGACGGGGAUUGAUUUGACCUUUUAUGUUUUAUAUUUAUAAAGCUAAUUGUUUAUUUAUUGAUUUAUAUUAGUGAUGGUGAAUCUUUAUCAAUGUGACACUAGGAUAAAAAAAAGAUGAGCAUGAUCAGAUAAUGGAUACCCACUGAUGUAGAUAAUACACAAUUUAUCUUCUUGUGAGAUGAUCUGUGUCAUUUUGUGAACCGUUUUUGAAGUUACUUAUCUAUCAUGUUCUUUCUCUCUCUGUCAGACUGUAAAUUUAAAAUAAGAUUUCACCCGACCAAUUCUAGACCUACAGAUACCUGUGCAGUAUUUACAAAGGGUAACCAUAUGUAAAAAGUCCAUUUAAAAAAAAAAAAAAAAACUUUUAUGUUUGUAUCAGGCUAAUUAGCUUAUUUAUUAAACUGGAUUUACUAAUUCACUAUGUGAAUUCCAUUUCACCCUCUGUAGAAGCAAUAACAUGUUGACAAUCGAUGUCCGAUCAGCGUUUCAUUAGUGCUGGACAUCAUCUCUUACCAUCUUUGACCAGUGUGGUGACAGUGAAUCAUACUUUGUGACUGUUUUUCCUCCCAAGAAGGUUUUUUCCAGUUGCUGUCAUAUCAAUGCUGCUUGUUGUUUUGGUACAUACAUUUCAAAUUAAAAGCCU